CACUCAUUCCUCCGCCGCUCUACCAACACAACACCUCCUCCUCCUCAACAUGUUUAAGGAACCCAUCCCAUACAACUACGCCUACGGUGUCAAGGACGACUACGCUGGCACUGACUUCGGCCACAACGAGAACUCCGACGGGUCCACGGCGAAGGGCUCAUACAAUGUUGUUCUUCCUGACGGCCGCAUACAAACAGUGAGCUACGUGGCUGACCACUACAACGGGUACCAGGCCCAGGUGAGCUACAAGGGCGAGGCCCAGUACCCACACCAGUACGGUCCAGCUGUCACCUUCAAGCCCCAGUACCAGCCCUCAUAUCAGCCCUCAUACCAGCCUCAACCCUCAUACCAAUAA